AUGAUCUUAUCCUUUGUUUUGUCAUUGCUUUUUGGUCUGCAGGUUUAUAGAUUACCUGCUGAUCGAUUCUAUGCCACCUAUUUUGGUGGUGAUGAGAAAUCUGGUCUUCCUGCUGAUGAUGAGGCUAGGGACAUGUGGCUCAAAUUUCUUCCACCUACACGUGUGUUGCCUUUUGGGACUAAAGUAUGGUUGCUCCUCUUUUUGUUGGCCCUCUUAUAUUCUGUGAUGACAAGCAUUAUGAUACUUCUUGGUGAAUCCUGUCUCAUGAUAUCAAAGUGUGCAAUGAAUGUUAUAGACAACUUUUGGGAGAUGGGCGAUACUGGACCGUGUGGACCAUGUACUGAAAUACAUUUUGAUAGAAUUGGGAAUCGAGAUGCAGCUUCAAUGGUUAACAACGAUGACCCAACAGUGAUUGAGAUAUGGAAUCUUGUCUUUAUUCAGUUUAACAGGGAAGGUGAUGGUUCUCUGAAACCGCUGCCUGCUAAGCAUGUUGAUACUGGAAUGGGUUUUGAAAGAUUAACGUCUAUUCUUCAAGAAACAAUGAGCAAUUAUGAUACCGAUGUGUUCCUACCCAUUUUUGAUGCUAUCCAGCAGAUUGCAGAGUUUGGUAUGACUUCAUUGGUACUUGAGGAUUAA